GUCAAGAUGGCGUCGCCCAGCUGGUUGCGGCUGCUGGCCGUCGCUCUCCUGCAGGCGUCCUGCGCUGCCACCGCGCUGGGCCGCCUCGACCCGCCGGCGCCGCUGCCGCUGGUGAUCUGGCAUGGGAUGGGAGAUAGCUGUUGUAAUCCCUUAAGCAUGGGUGCUAUUAAAAAGAUGGUCGAGAAGAAGAUACCUGGAAUUUAUGUCUUGUCUUUAGAGAUUGGGAAGACUCUGAUGGAGGAUGUGGAGAACAGCUUCUUCUUGAAUGUCAAUUCCCAAGUAACAACAGUGUGUCAGAUUCUCGCUAAGGAUCCUAAAUUGCAGCAAGGCUACAAUGCUAUGGGAUUCUCCCAGGGAGGCCAGUUUCUGAGGGCAGUGGCUCAGAGAUGCCCAUCACCUCCCAUGGUCAGUCUGAUCACUUUCGGGGGACAGCAUCAAGGUAUUUUUGGACUCCCUCGUUGCCCAGGAGAGAGCUCUCACAUCUGUGACUUGAUCAGAAAAACACUGAAUGCUGGGGCUUAUGCCAAAGCUAUUCAAGAGCGCCUGGUGCAAGCAGAAUACUGGCAUGACCCCAUAAAGGAGGACGUCUACCGCAACCACAGCGUCUUCUUGGCAGAUAUUAAUCAGGAGAGAGGUGUCAACGAGUCCUAUAAGAAAAACCUGAUGGCACUGAAGAAGUUUGUGAUGGUGAAAUUCCUCAAUGAUUCCAUUGUGGACCCCGUGGAUUCUGAGUGGUUUGGAUUUUACAGAAGCGGCCAAGCCAAGGAAACCAUUCCCUUACAGGAGACCACGCUGUACACCCAGGACCGCCUGGGGCUAAAGGAAAUGGACAAGGCGGGACAGCUAGUGUUCCUGGCUGUAGAAGGGGACCAUCUUCAACUGUCUGAGGAAUGGUUUUAUGCCCACAUCAUACCCUUCCUGGAGUGAAACCCUUGCAGUUUGCACCAGAGCUCAGGUUGCCCCUAUGCUUCCAAAUCAGUGGGAGACAGUUCCUUUUGUGCCCAAACCUGAGCUCAGACCCAGCCUGUAACUAAUCCUUCUCUCUAGUCAUCAUCUAACACGCCCUGCUCGGAAAGAUCUAAGAUCUGAAUCUUAUUCUUUGCCUCAUCCUAUCAGCACAUGGUGUUGAAUGCAAGUUUAAUUAGUUAAUAACCAUGCAGAUUGUUUUACAACCCUGUGAUGUGGUCAAGCUGUCCUAGGAGACAGUCUGCUGCAGGUCCAUGUCGGAACUGUGCCCAGGCCCAGAAGAGACUGAACAAACUAAGAGAGAUUCUAAGGAAUCUCUUUCUCAGGAAAAUCUAGCUCAUUUCAAGCGAAGAGGCCAGUACCUGGGCCUGAGGUGUUCAUGUAAAUACUUUCUCAGUAUUGCUGGUGGAGAUUCAACUAGUGCUUGGAAAAGUAUUACUUGAAUGUUUCUGCAUCAUCUCUUGAGGCUGCUCUCCCCCUCUGCGUAUGCUGCCUCCUGUGGUGUCUUAGCAAUUGUCAAACAAAUCCCCCCAGCCCCAUAGUGCCUUGCAGCACUCUUUUUGGAUCCUCUGGUAGAAAUGAAUUAGUUGCUCUGUCACAAAAGGAGGAAAGUAGCAUCUAACUGGAUUGCUUACGGGAGGAAGUGUACAUAUUGCUCAGCUUUGGGGGGGUGGGGGAUGAAGAAAAAUGUUGCAAUGGAAAUGAAAAAUGAGGCAGCUGGUUCUUCCCAUUCCAUCCUUGAUUAACCUGUCCUUUCUUAAUAUGAUUAGUGUUCAAGAUUCUACAGUCUCUUGCUGGCGUUAGCAGAGAAUGGGAGGAAAAAUGUGAAGAGAUCAUGCUUUCUAACUUCCAUCACAAAAAUUCCUAUUUACCAGUACACUCCAAACUGUUUCUGAUGUGUUGGCUUGCUCAAAAAGCUUGGGGAAUAUCCCAUACCCCUUUUCUCCUCUUGGAGAUCAACUCACAUUAGAAUAUUAAGGACUCUGAACAUUCCUGUUACAGUAAAGAAAAUUAACUUUCACCUACUAUUUCCCACACCAUUUGAGCAUGGACAUUUAGUCCCCACACCCCCACCCCAUGAAAACCUAGCAAUGCUUUUUGGAAGAAUGUUCUGCAAAAUGCCAUUUUGGGGAAAUGAUUAGCUAUACUUGAGGGAAGCACCUUGUUAGUGCUGCAUAGUUGACCCUUUAUGGUUUUCCUUCACCAUUCCCAUGCCUUAUUUUUCAACUGAAAGACAGAUGAAGAUUAAGGGCAAGAAUUGGGGGGGAUAUGAAAAUAAUUUUAUGAGGUCAUCUGAAAUAAAGAGUAGUUUCUUA